CCCGCCUGUCGGGUUAAUGUCCUCCCCAAAGGAAGAGGCGCCGAGCGGACUUGAGCGUGGUCGGGAUCUUUAAAGCGUGUGGCCAACGUGCGCUAAGCUCGCGAGUGAAAUCUGUCUGUGUCGCUCUGCUGUGGUUGAAAGAAACAGAGAGAAGGGAGAGAGGGGUUUCCCAGUGUAAUGAUUACUUUGCAGUAAAGGAAUCCCAUGGCUGAAGGAGAAAUCUCUUUGAAGGCACUUACCUGUUUGAGAGGCAAAGCAGGGAUGUUCUGGAAGCUCUCGCUGUGCCUGUGCCUGGCGGCGGUGCUGGUGAAGGCGGCGGAGGCCCGGAAGAACCGGCCGGCGGGCGCCAUCCCCUCGCCCUACAAGGACGGCAGCAGCAACCACUCGGAGCGAUGGCAGCACCAGAUCAAGGAGGUGCUGGCGUCCAGCCAGGAGGCCCUGGUGGUCACCGAGCGCAAGUACCUCAAGAGUGACUGGUGCAAGACGCAGCCGCUGCGGCAGACGGUGAGCGAGGACGGCUGCCGCAGCCGCACGGUGCUCAACCGCUUCUGCUACGGCCAGUGCAACUCCUUCUACAUCCCGCGCCACGUGCGCAAGGAGGAGGAGUCCUUCCAGUCGUGCGCCUUCUGCAAGCCGCAGCGCGUCGCCUCGGUGCUGGUGGAGCUGGAGUGCCCCGGGCUGGACCCGCCCUUCCGACUCAAAAAGAUCCAGAAGGUGAAGCAGUGUCGCUGCAUGUCCGUGAACCUCAGCGAUUCGGACAAGCAGUGAGCACGGGCGGCGCGCCGUCGGCUGGGCCGCCGCCGCCUGCGUCCCCGGCCUCCGCGCCCCGCGGCCCGCUCCGCAGCCAGCACGUUUCCCGGGGCUGUC